AUGUUAAAGGAAUGGACCCACAGUGAAAGUAAAGGUUGUUUCUUUAAUGAUGCUGACGACGGAAUGAUAAGUCAUAAAUAUACUUUAACAUUACCAGAAGCAUCGAACGUCUGGAUAACUAUACAACCUAUUAAGAUAGGUGAUUCAGCCUCAUCAUCACAUUAUCCUGUUGAUACUGCACUAUUUAUUUUAAAAAACAGAAAACUUGUUACAUUUAGUGAACAACGAGAUGUUAAAGGGAAAUAUGGUGUAAGAUGUGAUUUAGAUGCUGGUAAAUAUACCAUCAUGCCUUUUACAACUGGUUGUCGUUUAAAACCUAAAUCGCAUAGACGACAAGAAGAAGCACAAUUAGUUAAUGUUACAAGAGAUAAUCAAGUUGUUAUUACUAAAGCCUUUAGAAAAGCUUUAGAAGAUGCAUUUCAAAUGAGUGAUUUAGAUGGUAAUGAUUUAUUAUCAAGAGAAGAGUUCAAUUUAUUUAAUCUACGUACCAGUGGAGAAGAAGUUGCUGAUGAUGAAUGGAAUGUUGUAGAAGAAAAUGUUGAAUUAAGAGAUGGAGAAAUAACAAAGAAAGGAUUUAUACGUUUGAAUGAAAUGGAAGCAGAAGAUAAUAAUGGUGAAACUGAUGACUUAUGGGUAACGUUGACCAGUUUAGGAUUUAAUAAGAGUCUUCAACUAGAACAGGCUUGUCCAUAUAGAAUUGAUGUGUAUACUGAUGAAUGUGAUGAUGCUGACUUUAAAGUCUCAGGAUUAGAAAGAGUUGGUGAUAAUCUACAGGAGGCCCUUGUUGAAUCAGUCAUUGCUAAGGGUGAAAGCAGUCAAAGUAAAGAUAAGAAAGAUGUAACGCUAUAUACUUAUAUAGGUGAUGGAAGAGCAACUAUAGUAGCUGAAAAUAAGUCACGAUCUACAGUAAAAGUAACAGUUGAUUGUAGUUCUAGUAAAAAUUGUAUUAGUGAUCAGUCAUCAUUAGAAACUACUGUAACAAUACCAGGUCAUUCAUCUGUGGUUGCUAUGCAUUUAUUGCCAGAAGAUGAUAGAUCAGAAUGGUCUGUUAAAUGUGAAUAACUUACGCAAGCAUUGUUAUCAUUCCACCCUGGUUACAACAUAGAGAUUAUAGUUAUAUAAAAAAAUCAUAUGUGUCCUAUUUUAGACAUAUACCUUUAUUUUCAAUUUUUAAGAUAUUCAAAUCAAUAUGUGUAAAUUUUCAAAUAGCAGGAAUCAUAGGGAAGAGGAAAAGCUAUAGAAAAUAGAAUCUGUCUCCAAUACACAUAGAAAGUUUAGAAAUUUAAACCUCUUUUGAAUCUUUUCAACAUAGAUAUUAGAUUUUAUAUAUAUUGUCCGUCCAUUUGUUAAAUAUAUAUAUUUUUAUUGUAAUUAACUCUUAAUUUAUACUUAUUAUACAAAUCAUAAACAAUAAUAAAAUAUAUCUUCUUUU